CGCAGCUGUUUUAUUGACAGUUUCAACUAGUGAUUGCGUGAACAUACACAACGCAAAGGGCUGCUGGCAAGGGACAAUUGCAAAUUUUAAUUAUUUAUUAUUUAUCAUGCUACGCAAAUUAUGUUAUUUCAAGUGAGCUUGUAAAUCAGCGCAGGAAACACAGCUUUUAUGUCAAUGUCAAUAUGUAGAACUUGAACACAUCCACCUUGGCACAAGCACACUUCUUUUCAUUUUAUUUGCAUUACGUUUGUCGGAGUUUGUGAUAACGGUACUGUGCGUAAUUUGUUCAAACACUCUUUCUUGAUAAGCAAAUAAAAUGUUGGCAUCAGUUAAACAUUUACUGGAACAAAAACGUAUAAUAUUGGCAAGUAGUUCCCCGCGCCGCCAGGAACUUAUCAAAUCUAUAGGACUUUCAAUAGAAUUGUGCCCAUCUAGUUUCGAAGAAAAUCUAGACUACCGUGAUUUUAAGGAGUUUUCGCAGUUUGUAGAGGCCACAGCGGCUGGUAAGGCUGAGGAGGUCUAUCAACGCUUGCAUGCCGCUGAUCCAUCGGACGAUUUGUUGGUUAUUGGCGCUGACACUAUGGUCACAUUGGGAAAAGAAGUUUAUGGGAAGCCAAAAGAUGCUGCCGAUGCCGUACGUAUGCUGACCAAUCUCUCUGGCAAAUGCAAUCGCACUCAUACAGGAAUCGCGCUGCGACACAGUAAAGGGGUGCGCCACUUUACUGAAACUACUGACGUAUACUUCGGUGAAUUGACUCAGGCACAAAUACUCGAUUAUGUGGAUAGCCGAGAGCCACUCGACAAAGCGGGCGCCUAUGGUAUACAAGGAAUUGGUGGCUCGCUAAUUGAAAGAAUAGAUGGAGAUUACUAUUGCGUAAUGGGUUUGCCACUGCACCGUCUGUGUAAAGAGAUAUGUGCUUUGCUGGAAGAGUCAAAUGGCCUGGAUAACGGUUGUACCGCCGAAAAGAAAGCAAGAAAAUAGUGAAUUUGUGAAUGAGUUGUUUAGAAACACUUUCCCAUGUAGAAGAAAUAAAAUACAAGCGAGGCUUUUAGUUAUAAACUAGAACGAAAAUAUUUCAACAAC